CUUAGGAGGUCAUUGCGCUCGCCCCACUACUUCGUUACCCUCACCUCCACCGUCUCCUGGCGCUCACCCUCUACGGCGUACAGCACAGACCGCCCAACAUGGAAAACCAGCAAGAUGUCGACCAGACAAAGUACAUCGACAAUGCCAUCCGCGCCGUGCGGGAGAAGAAGCCUCUCCCCGAGAUUGACUUUACCCUCCAUACCAUGGAAGAUGGCAGCCAAGUAAGCACUCAGGAACGUGUCUGCAAAGACGUGCAAGCACCCGCCUUCCACCCGCCCACCGACGAGCAAUUCUUCUCACCGCAAGAUCGCACCAAGCCCAAUAUCCAGUUCCUCAAGCAGCACUUUUACCGUGAAGGUCGCUUGACCGAACAGCAGGCGCUAUGGAUUAUAAAGAAGGGCACAGAGAUUCUAAAGUCGGAGCCCAACAUGUUGGAAAUGGAUGCUCCCAUCACUGUCUGUGGUGAUGUCCACGGCCAGUACUACGAUCUCAUGAAGCUCUUCGAGGUCGGUGGCGACCCAGCAGAGACGCGCUACUUGUUCUUGGGCGACUACGUUGAUCGUGGAUACUUUAGUAUCGAGUGUGUCCUAUACCUAUGGUCCCUCAAGAUUUGGUAUCCCAACACCCUUUGGCUCCUCCGAGGAAACCACGAGUGUCGUCACUUGACCGAUUACUUCACCUUUAAGCUAGAAUGCAAGCACAAGUACUCCGAGGCCGUAUACGAAGCAUGCAUGGACUCUUUCUGCGCAUUGCCUCUGGCCGCAGUCAUGAACAAGCAAUUUUUGUGUAUACACGGUGGAUUGAGCCCUGAACUUCACACUUUGGACGACCUGAAGAGCAUUGACCGCUUCCGGGAGCCGCCAACGCAUGGUCUCAUGUGCGAUAUUCUGUGGGCUGACCCACUCGAGGAAUUUGGCCAAGAGAAGACCAAUGACUUCUUUGUUCACAACCACGUUCGUGGAUGCUCGUACUUCUUCUCGUACCCUGCUGCAUGCGCUUUCCUCGAGAAGAACAACCUUUUGUCUAUUAUCCGUGCACACGAGGCCCAGGAUGCUGGCUACCGAAUGUACAGGAAGACACGGACGACUGGUUUCCCCAGUGUCAUGACAAUCUUCAGUGCACCCAACUACCUGGAUGUGUACAACAACAAAGCUGCUGUGCUCAAAUAUGAGAACAAUGUCAUGAACAUUCGGCAAUUCAACUGCACACCUCACCCGUACUGGUUGCCCAAUUUCAUGGACGUUUUCACGUGGUCAUUGCCAUUCGUUGGAGAGAAGAUCACUGACAUGCUCAUUGCUAUCUUGAACACAUGCUCCAAGGAAGAACUCGAAGAGGAGACACCCAGCUCCUUGGCUUCUGGACCAUCUUCGCCUCCUCUCUCGAGUCUGGACCCAGAUUCGACCGAAUUCAAGCGUCGUGCCAUAAAGAACAAGAUUCUGGCCAUUGGUCGCCUCUCUCGAGUAUUCCAAGUGUUGCGCGAGGAGUCUGAGCGUGUUACAGAGUUGAAGACAGCUUCAGGAGGUCGACUCCCGGCUGGUACUCUAAUGCUUGGUGCAGAAGGAAUUAAGCAGGCAAUUCACAGCUUCGAGGACGCGCGCAAGGUCGAUCUGCAGAAUGAAAGACUGCCACCAAGCCACGAGGAAGUACGGAAAUCUCAGGAAGUCAGCCGAGAGCAAGCUCUUGAGAAGGCAACCAAGGAGGCAGAAAACGACCAGGGCCUGGCAACUGUGGCAAGGCGCAUUAGCAUGUAAGUCAUCUGGAUCCAGUCGCAACCGAAAAAGCUAGGCGCGAUUUACACGUUCGCGAUCGGAGAGCGAAGCCGAGAGACGAGCCAUGACAUGACAUGCUGGUUUGGUUGUUGAUUUCGGUAUUGGCGGGCUACCAAAUGUCAUCAGUAUACCAUUCAGGCGUAUAGAACGUUAAAGGUAAUCACCCUACGAUGGGUGGUAAUAAUUUGCUGGUCGACUGCUGCGGCUUUAUUGAGCCGACUCUUCAUUGAAACACAAUCAAUUCACGUGCCUAAUGUAUUAGUGGUUUUGUUGUUGUGAAUGUAGUAUGUGAUGAGGCUGG